AUGCCGGAUGGUACUGUAUUCAUUGCUGUGGGGGCCAUUCUCGGCGCGUUUGGAGCGGCGGUUCUCAUAUGGAGAGGCGUCGUUGCCUGCCUGCUGCACCGCUCUGUGGAGAAGGCAGCGAUGGCCCAGCAUGCCGCGAACGACAAGGCUGCCUUCCCGGCGCCCCCGGCACCAUUCUACAAAUAUACCGACCGCGAUUCAACGCCCUCCCUGCCUGCAGGCGCGACAUCCGCGCGUGGUCAACGACGCACACACCGGGGCCCAACCCCUUCGGCGACGCCCAGCCAGACGAACCUUUUCUUCUCACCAACUGCUUCUGGCAGUAUUGGCGGCAUGGGCAACGGUGGAAACCGCGAUUCGCGAUACUUGCCGUCAGGUUUCUACGCCUCGACGUCUGCAUCACCCGUCCCUACACAUGGCCAUGCCAAUUCUAUCAGUUUGUCGAACCUGAGGCCCGCGUCCAGGGGGCCUGCUGGGCCAAGCCCGCCAGACUCGCCCAGCCUAGGGCCGAGGGGAACACCCACCCCGCGGAAUUUCAGUACCAGCUCCUUCAACCUGAACCGGCCACCGAGCGAGCGAGCUCCUAGCGCGUACCUCGACGACCUGUUGGACGAGCAACCAGGCGCAUUCCCGCCUGGGCCGAGUACUCACCACCGCAACUUCAGCCAGUCUACUCAAGGACGACGCUGA